CACCUGCUAUAUGCUAUUACCAAGUCAGUACUCAGUAGUACUCAGUAGCCGGUUCUCCAUUCUCUCUCACCUUCUUGCUCUCUGUGGCAGAGAACUUAGAGGAAGAUCACUCAAACUCUCUCUCUCUCUCUCUCUCUCUCUCUCUCGCUCGCUUGCUUCUUCUGCUCAUAAAUUUAUUCCAGAGCGACGCCCUCUCUCUUCAUUCCCUUUGUUUUUGCCACAAUGCUUCCCCUGUUCUUGCUGCUCUGCUUUCUUCUUCCACCUCCCACUGUUGUCUCUCUCAACCAGGAUGGUCUCUACCUCUACAAAUUCAAGCUCUCCAUGAAUGAUCCGGACUCCUCCCUCUCCUCCUGGAACGACGGUGACGCCCACCCCUGCUCCUGGUCCGGCGUCACCUGUGAUCCCACAAACACCUCCGUCACCGAGCUUGACCUCUCAAGCUCCAAUAUCGCCGGUCCGUUCCCCGCUUCCAUUCUCUGCAGCCUCACCAACCUCACUACCCUCAUCCUCUACAAUAACUCCAUCAACGACGCCCUCCCCUCGGAAAUCUCUCUCUGCAGCAGCCUCGUCCAUGUUGACCUCUCCCAGAACCUUCUCACUGGUGCUCUUCCCCCCACCUUAUCGGAUCUCCCUAACCUCCGGUAUCUCGACUUGACCGGCAACAACUUCUCCGGCCUCAUACCUGAUUCCUUUGCCAACUUUCAGAAGCUCGAGGUACUCGCUCUGGUGUACAAUCUUCUAGACGGAACAAUACCCGCUUCUCUUGGAAACAUUGCCACCCUCAAGAUGCUCAAUCUCUCUUAUAACCCGUUUUCACCCGGUCGGAUCCCUCCGGAGCUCGGCAACCUGGCGAAUCUCGAAGUCAUGUGGCUCACUCAGUGUAACUUGGUUGGCGUCAUUCCUGAAUCGUUCGGCAGGCUGAAGAAGCUCAGGGAUUUAGACCUGGCGUUGAACAAUCUGGAUGGUUCGAUUCCCAGUUCCAUCAUCGAGAUGAAGAGUUUGAAGCAGAUUGAGUUGUAUAACAACUCGUUGUCCGGUGAGUUGCCUCGGGGAAUGGGGAACCUCACGGCAUUGAGGCUAGUCGACGUAGCCAUGAACCAGUUGAGUGGGACGAUUCCAGACGAGUUGUGUCAGCUACCACUGGAGAGCCUUAACCUUUACCAGAAUCAAUUUGAGGGUGAGUUGCCGGAGAGCAUAGCCGACUCACCUAAUCUUUAUGAACUUAGGCUGUUUGCUAAUAAACUGACCGGAAAACUGCCGCGCAAUCUCGGAGAGAAUGCUCCUUUGAGGUGGCUUGACGUUUCGAGCAAUCAAUUCUGGGGCGAAAUUCCGGCGACUGUGUGUGACAAUGGGAAAUUGGAAGAGCUUCUAAUGAUAUACAACUCGUUUUCCGGUGGUAUCCCGGCGAGUCUGGGUAGUUGUCGGAGUUUGAUGCGUGUCCGGCUCGGUUUCAAUCGGUUGUCUGGUGAAGUCCCGGCCGCUUUUUGGGGGCUUCCACGUGUGUAUCUGCUUGAGCUCACUGAUAACUCAUUUUCUGGUUCUAUCGCGAAAACUAUUGCUGGUGCUGGGAACCUCUCCUUGUUGACUCUAUCUAAUAACAGUUUUACUGGACCGAUCCCUGAAGAGAUUGGAUGGCUAGAAAACCUUGAGGAAUUCUCUGGUAAUAAUAACAUGUUCAAUGGAUCAUUGCCUUCUAGCCUGGUGAAUCUGGGGCAGCUUGGGACUCUUGAUCUUCAUAACAAUAAAUUUUCAGGCGAGCUCCCAAAGGGAAUUCGAUCCUGGAAGAAACUCAAUGAGCUGAAUCUAGCGAAUAAUGAGAUUGGUGGAAAUAUUCCUGACGAAAUUGGGAGUUUGUCCGUUUUAAACUUUCUUGAUCUUUCCAAUAAUCAAUUUUCUGGCGAAGUUCCUCCUGAAUUGCAGAAUUUGAAGCUCAACAGGUUGAAUAUGUCUUACAAUCAUCUCUCAGGAGAACUUCCUCCUAUGUUAGCUAAAGACAUGUACAUGACAAGUUUUUUGGGUAAUCCUGGUAUUUGUGGGGAUUGGAACAGUUUGUGUAAUGGCAGAGAUGAAGCUAAGGCAACAAAGUAUUCUUGGUUGCUCCGAAUUAUUUUCAUUAUUGCUACUGUUGUUUUUGUCCUAGGCGUGGUCUGGUUUUAUUUCAAAUACAAGAACUUUAAAAAGGCAAAAAGAGCCAUUGACAAAUCAAAAUACACAUUGAUGUCAUUCCAUAAACUGGGUUUCAGUGAAGAUGAAAUUCUGAACUGCCUUGAUGAUGAUAGUGUGAUAGGAAGUGGAGCAUCAGGGAAAGUUUACAAGGUUGUUCUCAGUGGUGGGGAGGCUGUUGCAGUAAAGAAGCUGUGGGGAGGCAUGCAGAAAGACAUGGAGAGUGGGGACAUUGAAAAAGGUGGGGUUCAAGACAAUGCUUUUGAUGCAGAAGUUGAAACCUUAGGUAAAAUUAGGCACAAAAACAUAGUGAAGCUUUGGUGUUGCUGCACCACAAGGGACUGCAAGCUCCUAGUUUACGAGUACAUGCCGAAUGGUAGUCUCAGCGAUGCACUUCAUGGCAGUAAAGGUGGAUUGUUGGACUGGCCAACGAGGUAUAAGAUAGCCCUUGAUGCUGCAGAAGGUCUCUCUUAUCUGCAUCAUGACUGUGUUCCUCCAAUCGUUCAUAGAGAUGUAAAAUCCAACAACAUCCUGUUGGACGGUGACUUCGGUGCAAGGGUGGCUGAUUUUGGUGUAGCCAAGGUUGUUGAAACCAACGGGAAAGGAACCAAAUCCAUGUCUGUCAUUGCUGGCUCUUGUGGAUACAUUGCACCAGAAUAUGCUUACACACUGAGGGUGAACGAGAAGAGCGACACAUACAGUUUUGGUGUAGUGAUACUUGAGUUGGUGACUGGAAGACGACCGGUUGAUCCAGAGUUUGGGGAAAAGGACUUGGUGAAGUGGGUUUACACCGCAUUGGACCAGAAAGGAGUGGAUCAUGUAAUUGACUCGAGGCUUGAUUCCUGUUACAAGGAUGACAUAUGCAAGGUCCUCGACGUCGGCCUCAUGUGCACUAGUUCUCUUCCGAUCAACCGCCCUGCCAUGAGAAGAGUGGUCAAGAUGCUGCAAGAGAUGGGCGCGGAGAACCAAACCAAACCUAUCAAGAAAGAUGGCAUGUUGUCACCUUAUUACUGUGACGAUGCCUCAGAUCAUGGAAGUGUAGCCUAAUUCCAGUUAGAGUUGACUAGAGGUGGAUAACUUGAUUUCACGAAAGGGAGUUUUAAGCCAUUUUUAUCUCCACACAAGUUGGAAGAAGGGGUAUCAGAUGGCCUCCUUAAUUUGGUUUACGACAUUGAAUUCAGAUAAAAUGUCUCCAAUUUCCACUGUUUGAAGAUUUGUUAUCUCAGAUCAUUGAAUUAGUUCUAAAGAUUGUAUAAAAAUCAGUGGCUUCCAAGUGGCAACUCACUGCUGUGAAUUUCAGUUGAUUACCCAGCAUGUGAAUCUCUUGCCAUAUUAACCCUGCUUUUGUAAGUUCAGGAGUUGGUACUAAUGACAGUUGUACAAUUCUAAAUCUAUGAACAUAUCUUAGGAAUUUGAAUUUUGAUGAUCUUCAACUUCAUGAAA